CUCUCUAGUGACAAUAGUAAUCUUACUCUUCUUCUUGCUCUUGACUUUUCUUCAGCUUUUGAUACUGUUGACCAUACUAUUCUCUUGAGACUGCUGCAUCUUUCUUUUAAUAUUACUGAUUCUUGUCUAUCUUGGUUUUCUUCUUAUCUCUGUAAUCGUUUUUCUUCUGUUGUUCUCAAUAAUUCUACUUCUAACUCCUCUACUCUUACUUUCGGGGUACCUCAGGGUUCUAUCCUUGGCCCUCUUCUAUUUAUACUCUAU